AUGGCAAACAAUGGUGUUCCCUUCCAAGUUCCAUUGCUCACUAAGAGCAACUAUGACAAUUGGAGUCUUAGGAUAAUGGCUAUCUUAGGAGCACAUGAUGUGUGGGAGAUAGUCGAGAAAGGCUUCAAUGAACCGGAGAAUGAUGGUGGUCUAUCUCAAACACAAAAGGAUGGUUUGAGAGAUUCAAGGAAGAGAGACAAGAAGGCUCUCUGUCUAAUCUAUCAAGGAUUAGAUGAAGAUACAUUUGAGAAGGUUGCUGGUGCAAGGACGUUCAAAGAAGCAUGGGAGAAGCUUCAGACAUCUUACAAGGGAGCGGAACAAGUUAAGAAGGUACGUCUUCAAACUCUAAGAGGAGAAUUUGAAGCGUUACAAAUGAAGGAAGGAGAACUCAUCUCAGAUUACUUCUCAAGAGUCUUGACGGUUACUAAUAACCUAAAAAGAAAUGGUGAGAAGUUAGAUGGGGUGAGAAUCAUGGAGAAAGUUCUUAGAUCAUUGGAUUCAAAAUUCGAGCAUAUCGUCACCGUGAUUGAAGAGACAAAAGACUUGGAGACUAUGACAAUGGAGAAACUUCUUGGAUCACUACAAGCUUAUGAAGAAAAGAAGAAGAAGAAAGAAGAUAUUGUGGAGCAAGUUCUCAAGAUGAGAAUUGAUCAAAAGGAAGAAAGUGACCGAAAUCAUCUGAGACGUGGUGGUGGCAAUUUCCAAGGACGAGGUCGUGGUGUAAAUGGACGAGGUUGGAGACCAUAUGAAGACAACUUCAACCAAAGAGGAGAGAAUUCAUCAAGAGGUCUGGAAGAGGAAACCCAAAAUCAAGAAAGGAGUAAAGGAGAAGAUAUGCUAUUGAUGGCUUACAAGAAGGAUGAACCAAAUGAGGUUCACAAGUGGUACCUUGAUAGUGGUGAAAGCAACCACAUGUGUGGGAAUAGAAGCAUGUUUGUGGAGCUCGAUGAAUCGGUGAAAACUGAUGUGGCUUUAGGAGAUGAAUCAAAAAUGGAAGUGAAAGGUAAAGGAAAUAUUCUCAUCCGCUUGAAGAAUGGAGAUCAUCAAUUCAUUUCCAACGUUUACUACAUUCCAAGCAUGAAGACCAACAUCUUGAGCCUAGGACAACUCUUAGAGAAAGGUUAUGACAUUCGACUAAAAGAUAAUAGCCUUUCUUUAAGAGAUAAUGCAAAUAAUCUCAUCACAAAGGUGCUGAUAUCAAGUAAUAGAAUGUUUGUCCUAAACAUUCAACAUGACAUCGCAAGGUGUCUCAAGAUGUGCUACAAGGAAGAGUCUUGGAUUUGGCAUCUUCGAUUUGGGCAUCUCAACUUUGGAGGCUUAGAGCUACUUUCCAAGAAAGAAAUGGUGAAAUGA